AUGUCAUCGGACCCCAGCGCCCCGCCAGCAGUGCCGCCCCUGCCCUCCCCCAAGACGGCGCGUGCCUCUGCUGGCCCCAUCUUCAAGGGCGUCUGCAAGCAGUUCUCUCGCUCCCAGGGCCAUGGGUUCAUCACCCCCGAGAACGGCACAGAGGACAUUUUCGUCCAUGUGUCUGAGUAA